GCCUCAACGGUGGUAGCCCCGCUCCGCUUCCUGCUCCGUCGCUGGCGGGCAGCUUGCGCGGCGCGGCCGCUGAGUGGACGCGAGUACAACGCGCGACGUGGCCGUGCCCGCACAGCCCAGGUGGCUAUUUUUAAUGCAAUAGUGUCAUUAGCUUGCUGACAACUCAACAUGAGAAUAGCAGGUGCUGCAAAGUUGGUAGUGGUCAUAGCAAUAUUUGUAUUCACAUUCUAUGUCAUAUCUCAAGUGUUUGAAAUAAAAAUGGAUGCAAACUUAGGACACAUAUUUGCUCGGUCAGCACUGGAUGCAGCUGCACGCUCUACAAAACCUCCAAGAUACAAAUGUGGCAUCUCUAAAGCUUGUCCUGAAAAGCAUUUUGCAUUCAAAAUGGCAAGUGGAGCAGCAAACGUAGUCGGACCUAAAAUUUGUGUAGAAGAUAAUGUUUUAAUGAGUGGGGUCAAAAAUAAUGUUGGCAGAGGAAUAAAUGUGGCCUUGGUCAAUGGUAAAACAGGAGAGCCAUUAGACACAAAAUUCUUUGACAUGUGGGGAGGAGACGUGGCACCGUUCAUUGAAUUUCUGAAGUCUAUCCAGGAUGGAACGAUAGUGCUAAUGGGAACAUACGAUGAUGGUGCAACCAAGCUUAAUGAGGAAGCACGGAAACUGAUUGCCGAAUUAGGAAGCACAUCUAUUACUAACCUUGGCUUUAGAGAUAACUGGGUCUUCUGUGGUGGAAAAGGAAUUAAGACUAAAAGCCCUUUUGAACAGCAUAUAAAGAACAACAAGGACACAAACAAGUACGAAGGCUGGCCAGAAGUUGUCGAGAUGGAAGGCUGUAUCCCCCAGAAGCAAGACUAAAUGACCAGAAGAAGAAAUGAGAAAGACUAUGGAAGAAAAUGCACUUUCUGCUAUUAUUAGGGAGAGGGCUAUGAAGGAGACUGUACUGUAAAUAAUCUUUUUAAAGCAUGCAGCCAUCUUGUCGGUGUGUGCAUGAGCACUGACAUUUUGAAUAUUGGGAUUAUUUAUUGCUAACACACAUAGAAAUCCUUCUUUUUUUUUGGUUUUGGUUUU